CACAGCGCGCACGGGCGGCAGAGACAACGGCGGCAUCGCCGGAGCAGCAGCAGCAGCAGCAGCGCGCUGGGCACGCCAGCGGGCUGCGAGGCGGAGGCGACUGGAGCCGGUCGGUCGCCCUCCCUAGCGCGAGGUGCAAAAUUUCUGUCUUUGAAGAGGAAUGCUUAUAUAAAUACUUCUAAAUAGUGUUUGUCACCCACCAAAAUCCAACCAUGGUGAUCCUGUCAGAUUAUACAGCUGUCCCCACCUUAAACCAAAGCCAGCAAAGGCCUCUUCGAGUUGGAUUCUAUGAUAUUGAGAGGACCUUGGGAAAAGGCAAUUUUGCUGUAGUGAAACUGGCUCGGCAUAGAGUGACUAAAACGCAGGUUGCAGUAAAAAUUAUAGACAAAAAACGGUUAGAUCCAAGCAAUUUGGAGAAAAUCUAUCGUGAAGUUCAGAUAAUGAAGCUUUUGAAUCACCCUCAUAUUAUUAAGCUGUAUCAGGUUAUGGAGACAAAAGAUAUGCUUUAUAUUGUGACAGAAUUUGCGAAAAACGGAGAAAUGUUUGAUCACUUGACUUCUCAUGGACACCUGAGUGAGAGUGAAGCUCGAAAGAAGUUCUGGCAGAUCCUUUCAGCAGUAGAUUAUUGCCACAGCCAUCACAUAGUUCACAGAGACCUCAAGACAGAGAACCUGCUGUUAGACGCUAACAUGAACAUCAAACUUGCAGACUUUGGGUUUGGAAAUUUCUACAAAUCUGGUGAGCCUCUCUCCACAUGGUGUGGAAGCCCACCCUAUGCAGCCCCGGAGGUUUUUGAAGGAAAGGAAUAUGAAGGUCCACAUCUUGAUAUAUGGAGCCUUGGUGUGGUUCUUUACGUUCUUGUCUGUGGCUCUCUGCCAUUUGAUGGACCUAAUUUACCAACUCUAAGACAAAGAGUGCUUGAGGGUCGAUUCCGUAUACCCUACUUCAUGUCUCAAGACUGUGAAACGCUCAUUCGACGGAUGCUGGUGGUGGACCCUACAAAAAGAAUCACAAUUGCCCAAAUAAAACAGCACAAAUGGAUGCAGGCAGAUCCUUCUCUCCAGCAGCAGCAGUCUUUGUUAUUUUCCAUGCAAAACUACAACUCCAACCUGGGUGACUACAAUGAACAGGUCCUUGGGAUUAUGCACAGUCUUGGCAUUGACAGACAGAGAACAGUUGAGUCCCUACAAAAUAGCAGUUACAACCAUUUUGCUGCAAUUUAUUACCUUCUUUUGGAGCGCCUCAAAGAGUACAGAAGCAAUCAGUUGUCAAAUCGUCCAGCAAAUGGCCGUCAGCAACGGCCACAGAGCUCAGACUUCAGCAACGUUGAGUUGCCUCAGGACAGUCUUUCCAGUGAGACAUUGAGAUCGUCACUGCUUUACCAGCAUCCUCAGAAUCUGAUUCAGUCACCAUUACAGGUAGACAUGGAUUAUGACAACAGCAACCCAUUGCAGCCUGUGUUCUUUCCUGUGGAUCCAAACUUCAACAGUCUCUUCAGGAAUCGAUCAGUCUCUCCAAACAGCCUGCUGGAAACCACUAUCAGCGAGGAGGUCAGGCAGGACAAGGAACUGGAGGAGGAAAUUAAAGCCUUCAACCCAAUCCGCCUCCCCAUCAACACUAGCCGAAGGCACACUUUGGCCGAAGUCACAAGUCAUUUUUAUCAGUGCUCUCCACCAUGUAUAGUGAUUUCUUCAUCCACAAACCCCACCGAAGGAACCAGUUCUGACAGUUGCCUCACUUCAUCAUCAAAUGAUGCCUCUGUGAUUCUGAGCAAUUGUUCAGAAGAUCAAAUGAUCCUUGGUCACCCAGGCACAGCCAGAGUCACAUCAUCAUUUCUGACUUCUCAGUCAGACACACCAGUUUUACAGGCUCAGAGCUGCAUGGGUGGUGCUUCUCUGUUGCCUGUUACCUUUCAGGAAGGAAGGAGAGCAUCUGAUACCUCAUUAACUCAAGGCUUGAAAGCAUUUAGACAGCAGCUGCGGAAGAAUGCUAGAGCGAAGGGUUUUUUGGGUCUGAAUAAAAUCAAAGGGCUGGCUCGGGCAGCUGUACCAGUCGCCUUCUCUGCGUGCUGGAUGGUCUCGAAAGGCUUGAUGAGUCCUUUUUCAUUUACUCAAAAUGGCUCAGGUGUUUACGGCAGUGGGGAGAACAGCAGUGGCGGCAGCAGCACCAGGGAGAACAGGAACCUGCUUGAAGAGGUCCUUCAGCAACAGAGGAUGCUUCAGUUACAACAUCACCAGGCAACCUGUCAUCAGCCUUCUCAGGUGUCUCAAUCGCACACCAUUGUCUUGUCUGACACAAAAGGCAGUAAAUCAUCCAGUUCCUUCCUCCUGUCUGAAUUGCAAAGUGAGAACUCAUUAGAAUUGGCCUUCAGCAACACCCAGCUUCUGCAGCCCCACCUUUUUAGUGUUGGCAUCUCUCCAGUGUCUUCAGCUGCUCAUCUUCUAGACACACACCUGCACAUUAGCAACAAUGCAUCCCCCGUUGCCUCCAUGUUUUCGCAGCAAAAUAGCUUUGCGAUGCAAUCUUCAGCCUAUGAUGCCAUCAGUUUGCAGCACAGGGACUGUGAAAUGGAGGAUCUUACUGCGGCCCAGAUGGGAAAAUUCGUCUUGGUCAAAUGAGAAGGGUUCCUGUUCUUUGAAUUCAUGCAUCUCUUUUGGGAAAAAAUUCUACUCUUACUAAGAUCUGAGCAAGGGUGACUGACUGUAUUUUCCAACAGUGAAUAACUCUCAGAAGCAAUAAAAUGUUUGAAGUAUGUGAAGAGGCCAUUUGCUCAGUUUAGCUCCUAACUUUAUAGAACUGAUAAAAAAGCAAUAUAUAUACUUCUCAUGGCUUCAACAGUCCUUGCACUGAACAAAUAUAAUGAGAAACAGAAAGAAAAACCUUUUAAAGAAAGCAAUGACAGGGAAUUGGGGGUUGGGGGCAGGGAGAACACUUUUCUGGUACUGUAUUAAAAUCAGGCCAAUACAGCUCUGCUGUUAUGCAAGACUUCAAAGGUAAUCAGUUGUGGCAUGGCAGGGAAUGGCUUUUUCAAAGAAGGGACCAGAGCUGGCCUAUUCACAAUAUUUAUUCUAUGGAUUUGUGAAGAUGCUUACCUCUUUCUUAAAGAAACACAAAGCGCAGAAGUGGCAAGUAAUAUGCACAGAUAGAUGAACAAUGGUGAAAGUAUUUUGAUAAUUGUUUUAAAGGAACCUGUACCUCUUCUGCUUAUAUAUUCCCACUCCCCUACUCAAACAUUUGUACCUUAACAGAAAGCUGUGAACUUUUUGCUUAAUAGCUCAGAUGCAAUAGCUAAAAAUAGUUUGUAGUCAUCAUAAGCAAUUAAUUUAGUUUUGGGAUAGUUGUUCCCUGUUAUCAAGCUACAGAUUGCUUUCAUGUUGCCUUUGUUCAGAAUGGUAGGAAUAUUUUAUGUAUUGGCAUGGAGUUAUAUUGCAGCGGUGAUGGGAAGACUUUUAAAAUAAUGUUAUUUUAGUUUUUUUCAAAGCCUCCUGUAUCCCCAAAACCCCAGCAUUGCAUUGAGGCUGCCUAUGAGGUUUUUUUUCCAGUGCUGUACACAUUUGUUACCGCUGCUAAUGAGUUUUUUUAAUGCAUUUCAUUAUCAGGGUCCAAACUGAACCGACUCAUUGGGAAAAGUGCAAUAUUCAGAGGUUUUGAUGAUUAUACUGACAGUUUAAAAGAACAGAAUAGCACAAAGUGAUACUCUACAGAUAUUCUCUUUAUGAACAAGCUAAACAGAGUUAGAUAGUGCAAGUUCUCGGUUUUGUUGUUCUGCAUUCAAAUAGAUGAGUUGUUUUUUAAAUAGGCAUUUUUAUGUGUGGUUUGUAUGUGUGUGUGUGCAUGUGCUCAUGUGUAUAGGAAUUGAAAAACACUGUACACUACUUCUUAAGUUCUGAAAUGAGCUUCAGUUGUUUCUUCGCAUUGGCUCUCUCAGACCAGAGAAUGGCUUCCGUUCAUGACAAUGGAAGCCAGGCCUGGACAUUACACGGGUGAGGGAGAGGGAGAGGGAGAAAACAGUGUGACCUCCUUUGAUCCUGCAGCAAUUUGUUAGUGGCAAAGAAGGUCAAAGUUCUGUAGCAGGUGAGCAAGUAGUGAACCAGCUUGGUUCACAAAUGCCAUGUUUAAAACCAGCUUCAUUCUGUUUAACUCUUUAAGGACCCAUUUCUUUAAAUGGAACCCAGGGGUGCCUUCAGUGACUACAGCUUCUUGCAACCUGCAGCAUUAUGUAUGUUUUUAAAGGUAUUUUUAAAGCAAAUAAGCCAAAGACUGUCUGUCUGUUGGGAGGGUUGGGGUGGGGAGGGGGCAAAUAGACACAAAUGUUACAUGGCUCUGUCUGUGGUUUUUCAGCCUGUUCAUGUACAGGAUCAAUAGUGAUCUGUCUUCAGCUUGAUGGUGCUGCUGUGCAGUCUGGAAUCUUCAAGGUGAAAGGAAAUUAUCUCACUCUCUCUGACUGGUGCCUUUUGAGCAGAAGAAGCUCCAGAGGCUCCUGGCUUGGGUCUGUGGUCAGCAGCAGUGACAAAAAAUGAGUGAGACAAUGAGUGUCACAAAGCAGCAAUAUUGCCUUCAUUUACAUAAGGAAGCAGGCUCACUUUUAAACAACUGUUUCAGUUCCUUCUUUUCUGUCUGAUUUUCCCCCCCAGUGUCAUAGAUCAAGUGGCCACAAAAACAACGUCUGUUUCUUGUUCUGCGCAUUGAAAAGCACUUUACUUUUAGUGAACCCCUCCCCUUCCAUAUUCCAGUUGAUAUAGAAAAAUGCUUUGAAACGUUUCCAAAAUAGAGAUUGGUCAUUUUCAGCAUUUCAGGGUUUGUGUGUUGUUCUGUUCUGUGUGUGUGUGUGUGUGGUGGGGUGGGGGGGAGAAUAGAUUUUGACAGUGCUGUUCUGCAGAUUGCAGUGCAAUAGAUUAUUUAAAGAUGCUGUGUGAUUGGUUUAAGAUGUAUAGUUUUUAUUUUUUACCACGACUGAACAUUUUAUUAUGCUAAAUGAGAGAUGUAUACCAAAUUAUUAGUUGUGUUUUAUUUAAUAUUUAAAUAAAAACAAAUGUUUUAAAAUAA